AUGAUCACGUCGGCCAUCAAUGUUGUCUCGACGGUUCCGGGACUCUACGCAACGGAUAAGUGGGGCCGCCGGCCUCUGCUGCUCUUUGGCGCUAUUGGCAUGUGCAUCUCGCAGUUUAUUGUUGGCAUGUGCGGUACGUUUUCGACGGGCCAGAACCCUCAGGAUGGAUCUAUCUACUCGACAAAUGAUGGCGGCCAAAAGGCAGCUGUCGCCUUUGUGUGCAUCUACAUUUUCUUUUUUGCAUCGACUUGGGGUCCCCUGGCUUGGGUUAUGACUGGUGAGAUUUUUCCUCUCAAGACACGCGCCAAGUCAAUUAGUAUCACGACAGCAAGCAACUGGCUGCUCAAUUGGGCCAUUGCCUAUUCUACACCGUAUCUUGUCAAUUGGGGUCCGGGAUCUGCCAAUUUGCAAUCCAAGAUCUUCUUUGUCUGGUUUGGCGCUUGCUUCAUCUGCAUUGCCUUUGUCUACUUUUUCAUCUACGAAACAAAGAACCUGACUCUCGAAGAAGUCGACCAACUUUACCAAGAUGUCAAGUUUGCGCCCAAGUCGACAUCAUGGCGCCCGACGGAGACCUGGCAGCAACGUGCCAGCAUUGCAGCUCAAGGUGAGGAGAAGGCACAGGGCGAGAAUGUUGAGAACAUUAGCAAGCCGACUCAGCUCUCUUGA